UUUGUCAGCUCUGACGAUCAGUACGUUAGCAGCCGUGGAUGCAGUUGCUUGGUUAAGUUAUCGGGUGCGGGCGUUAUACACAUCACCGCGUAAACACGCAGUCGUUGCACACGUCAUACGAAUACGAGAGGAUCGGCCGUCGACGCUACGCGUCAAUCACGACGUUUCCUCGUGCGCCCGAUUGUGCGCUGGGGUUAUGUGAAGCCGUGCGAAACGGUAAAAUGUUGCCGCUGGCCGACCGGGACUACACGCUGACAAACAGGUGAAGAUGGAAGAUGACGCUGACCUCAGGGAACGGUUGUUUCACAACACCGUACGGGAGAAUAUAAUAUUCCUGUUGCUUUUCCUGCUGCUGUAUAUCUCGAGUUACGCGCUAAUUGCGCGUUUCCGACGUAGGGACCGCGAGGAUUAUUUGUCGGUGGACGAAGAUGAAGCCACCGUGUACAGGAUCAGCCUCUGGCUGUGCACGCUCGCCCUGGCAGUCUCCAUCGGCGCGACCCUCCUACUUCCGGUGUCGAUCGCCAGCAACGAGGUGCUCAUCCUCUACCCAAACAGCUACUACGUCAAGUGGCUCAACAGUUCCCUCAUCCAAGGUCUAUGGAAUCAUGUAUUCCUGUUCUCGAACCUGUCGCUCUUCGUGUUUCUGCCCUUUGCCUACCUCUUCACAGAGUCGGAAGGUUUUGAGGGCCAUAAAAAGGGCGUGAUGGCGAGGGUGUACGAGACCGUGACGGUACUUUGUCUCCUGGGCACUCUCGUACUGGGAAUAACUUACGUCCUGUCGGCUCUGUUAGAUUAUCAAAAUUCGAGUCUACACACAUUGCUCAAUUUGUGGAGUUAUUACUUGCGUUUCCUAUACUCCUGCGUCUCGUUCGUUGGCGUGGUACUGUUGUUACUGUGCACUCCAGUGGGAUUCGUACGAUUAUUCGGCGUGGUAGGAUCGUUUCUUGUUAAACCCCAAUUCCUGAAGAACUUGGAUGAAGAGUUUUUCGCGUACAAAUUAGAAGAGGACUGCAUCCGGAGGAGAUUGCAGCAUGUAAAAGAAACGGGCAAGUCUUAUGUUUCGCCAGUGCCGAUGAUGUCGUCGAUGGCGGCAGGCUUAUCAAUGCAGGAGGAAGACGAACCACUAUUGAGUGUGAAUCCAAAUUUGCUGUGCCUGAGGAAUGGUGCCUUGCAAAAAGGUCUUUCUCAACGAUUGGACGAGGUGUGCAGGCGACGGCAGCUACUGGACCAGCAGCGUAGAACUUGGUGGGUUCGGCGCACGCUCCUUUAUCCGGUGGCGAUGCUCGCGCUGCUCGUGCUCUCCACUGCAACCGCCUUGUUGGCUGUGCAAAACACCCUGGAAUUGCUAAUAGGCAUUAAGGCACUGCCGUUGAGCACGAGGCAAUUUACGCUCGGUAUCAGCUCCUUGUCCAAGCUCGGGCCCGUCGGUGCGACCAUUGAAGUGGCGGUGAUCCUCUACCUGGCCGUGACAAGCGCGAUCGGCCUGUACGCCUUGCCGGGCGUGAAGCGGGUGCAACCGCGGCUGCGUUCCACGCCGCUUACCCAUCUCAUCGCGAACUGCGCUCUACUGCUCGUACUCAGCUCGGCGUUACCGCUGUUAUCGCGGAUACUAGGAAUGACAAAUUUUGAUCUGUUGGGCAACUUUGGACGCAUUGAAUGGCUUGGCAAUUUCAAGCUCGUACUGCUCUACAACCUGAUCUUCGCGACGGCAGCAAUCGGCUGCCUGGCCACAAAGUUCACUGCAACCAUGCGCAAGGAAUUCUACGCCCGUCUAAAGAGUAGCCUAUUGAGCAUCUUCAGGAGUGCCACUCCCGCCGCCGACGCGAGGAAGAGCUCACCGUCGUCGGGGAUGUUUUCUACAAAGGACGAUUAGACUGAUUUGUUAUAUUAUCAUGUAAAUGUAAUAAGCAGAAAGAAAGAGAGAGAGAGAGAGAGAGAGAGAGAGAGAGAGAGACAGACAGACAGACAGACAGACAGACAGACAGACAGAGAGAGACAGACACACACGUCAGGACCUUGCGAAAGUUUGCCUGGUUUCUAAGAUGCGUAUUGGAAAAUUGCGAGAGACUCUCCCGAGCUUUCGAGUCAUUGACAUCGCAUGUUGCAAAAGACUCACAGAACUCUCGAAUUUAUUUACGAAUCUUUAGACACGUUAAUCCACUUCAAUGCUAUUGAAUCAGACUCUUGGAUCGUUAGAUUCCUACGUGUUGCAUCGAGGCCUUUGCAUUCUCGUGUACCGAGACUUCACGUUUCUUUAUUUUUUUUUUUAAUUCUUAAGAAUUCUUGACACUGUAUUUAAAUAGAGAGCGUCUUGUACCGUGUCGGAGAUUGGCUUUUCCAGUUGAAGCCAGUUGGCUCAUCAAGCACCCACUUUUUUCUCCGGACACUUGCGUGUUUUUAUCUUCGCACCGUCGAAAGUCAUCGACGAGCCAACGAAACUUUCGCGAGAGCCUGAAAAGUUGAUUGCUUAGCGUCGAUUAAGCGUACGAGGCUGAGUGUGAUUGUCUGCAAUUGAGACGCGCGAGGCCAGUUUAAAAAAAGACAUCGUCUGGCAAGGACGACAAGGCAGUCAUAUCUGUAAUGCAUAUAGCGCUAAAUAUUUAUUUAUUACGUUAAUACUAUUUUUUAGGAAGAUAUUGUGUCUGGGUGUAGACCCAAUGUCGAAUGAGCAUGUAUGUGUGUGUGCAUGUAUUAUAAUUGAACGAUUCGCAAUAAGACUGCAAAGAAGGACAGGAUCUAGAAUAUGCAUAUGUAGUAUGUUCAAAGAAAUUUAUAUACCGCGAAGAAUCGAUCCUUCAUAGGAGAAAUCUUGUAUAAGCCUUUAUUUGCUUUUAAACAUCCUCAUUUUACAACGUUUUUACAACUUCUGGUCGUCGCAGUUGAAUACAGAGGAAUAACACAACUUGAACUUAUAAAUAAUAAAUUUUACUGGCUGCUUAAAAGUAUAAGAAAUAAUUAUUAUUAAAUUAAAAACUUAAACCAUUGUUUUUACUGACUAUGCGAGGUACAAAAUGUUAUUAGACUGAAUGAAUUGCAAUAAACCGAGAUUUUAAAAGCU